AUGGACGACUUUACUCUGGAGACCGUCGAGGGGAAUAAGCAUGCGAGUGCGCUGGUAGCCCCGCUGAACAUCCAGAAGUCGCCCAACAAGUCGCGCAAUCCCGGGGGCCGGCAUACGAGGCAGUCGUCGUCACAUGGAACUGCGUCCAUAGCAUCGCAGUCGCAUUCGCAAUCGCAACCAUCGCCCCCCCUGACGCCGCGCACAUCCAACGAAGCUUUGCCCGAAGCCCAAGCCGAAGCCCAAUCCACCUUUCAGCCCGUCUUCCACGACUAUCUGCGCGCCUUCUAUCCCUACCACCCGACUUCCACCGUCUCUUCUUCGACGGACGAAUCCUCCAUCACCGUUCCCAUCAACCAAGGCGACGUCAUCUUGGUGCACUCGGUCCAUCCCAACGGAUGGGCUGACGGAACCCUCUUGGCUUCUGGCGCGCGCGGGUGGCUGCCGACCAACUACUGUGAAGCCUACGAUCACCCGACGAUUCGAAAUCUUCUGAAUGCCCUCACCCAUCUUUUCGACUUGGUGCGCGAUGCCGAGAACGGGGAACUCGUCGUCUUCACCAAGCAAGACUAUGUCCGGUCCAUGAUUGCUGGCGUUCGCUGCUUUCUUGAGAGAACCCAGUGUUUGACCAGGGACGCCCCUUUGAUCGUUGCGCACGUUGGCCUCCGGCGUAUGCGUAAGGGCCUGUUGGGUGACCUGUCCUCGUUGGUGAAAACGGCCAAGAAGCUGCAGGAGAGCGUGCAGGCCAACGACCCCUCGCUCCCUAUCUAUGACCUUCUCGAUGAGCUGGUCCUGAAAGCAUUCAAGCUCGUGACGAGAGCUGUCCGCUUUCUUGAUAUAUGGGCACAAGACUCCGUGUCCCUCACACUCGACUUGGCCGAUACGAGGAAUACCAGGCCCCCGACCCCACCAUCUGACUCUCUUGACCCGUCUGUACAACCACCCUCUGCAGCAGACGAGCAUCACAACCAUGGCGCUGCAGCGAAUGACUACGCCCCGUCUGCCUCACACGCGGAUGCCGGGGAUGAAGAGAGCUCGACAUCACUGCCGCAGCGCAAUCUCAAUCGACUGUCGGUUGCCUUUUCCAUCCCUUCUGAAUCCGAUUCCAUCCAAUCACCAAUUCUCCCGCCCCAGCCACAGGGUCAGGCGAAGCGCCUCUCUGUUACACAUCGCCUAUCCUACACUGGAAAAUCGCAGAGCGGACGGAAACAGAACCUUGCCUCCGAGCGACUGAACAGUGCGCACGAUGCAUUCCUAGGUUUCAUCGGCUCCUUUAUUGGGCUGCAUCUGCAAUCCCGCUCUUCGGAUGAGCUCAUCCACACGACAAAGCAGUCCGUCAUUGCCUGUCGUCACCUUCUCGCUGUCGUCGACGAAGUAUGGGAACGCGAUUCGCGCCGAUCCGAACAGCUGGAACAUGCCAGGGACGCCAUGUACGCACGACUGACCGAACUCGUCCAAGCGACCAAGGACAUGUUCAGCACCAUCGACGCGGCUAGGGGUGAGGAAGUGGUCAUGCCCGACUCUGGAAAGCAGCUGGUUGCUGCCGCGACCAGCUGUGUGCGAUCAGCUGGAGACUGCGUCAGUAAGGCGAGGAACGUGAUCGAGAGAAUAGGGGACUUCGAGUUUGAGCAUGCUGGCUUCGGCCUCUCGGAUGCGGUCAUGGAGCAAUUUGGUCAGAUCGCGGAGAGGUGCGCUGAGCAUCCAGAGCCAUGCGCGCAAUUCGAACCUGCUGUGGAAAAGGACAAACCGCUACCCGCGCCCCCCUCAGACGCACCACAACCGCUUCCUCUAGUUGUCUCCGAAUCGAAACCUCUACCGGAGGUCCCAUUGCCCUCUCCACCCGCCCAUACCCCACCAGCCAGCAUAGAACCGCAACCCACCCAAAACCCCGUCCUCGAGAGUCCCCCUACGACCGCCUCUUUCAGAUUGUCGAGAUCGUCCAUAACCCCUGCGCCUCACCUUAUCCAACCCAGCCCAUCGGACUACUCGCAAAGUCCUGCAAGCGCGACUCAGCGCUUCUUUUCAAAGCCCUUUGGAGCAGAUAGCGUCAAUGCAUCCGUGGCCGACUCCAGCAGCGCCCAUCGGUACAGCAUGCGCUGUGACACCGGGAGCGUCGCCUCCCAAACCUCCACAAGAGCGACAACUCCGGACCAGUCCCCAGCGAAGAUGAAUAGCUCGCAGACUUUGGUGGGCAGCUGUGGCAGCUCGUCUGAACUGCGCUCCCUCGCAAGCGAGGACGUAGCCGCUGUCGAGGAACGCUUGCUGGGGACUACGUUUGCGCAUGAGCUCAUUUACAACAAGGAAGGUCAGAUUUCGGGCGGUUCGCUGCCCGCACUUGUUGAACAGCUCACCAUGCCAGACGCUACCCCAGAUUCCACGUUUGUCACCACCUUCUUCCUCACCUUCCGCCUGUUUACCACGCCGGUGGAGUUGGCCGAAUGCCUCAUUGCGCGGUUCGACUACGUGGGAGACAGCGCCUCCAUGGGGACACCGGUCAGGUUACGCAUCUACAAUGUCUUCAAGGGAUGGUUGGAGAGUCACUGGCUUCCCGAGAGCGAUUCGGUCGCUCUCGGCGUCAUCAUCUCCUUUGCGACCAACAAGCUGCGUGCUGCCCUCCCCAGUGCUGGUAAGCGCUUGGCAGAGCUCACAGCCAAAGUCACCGAGGUGCACGCGGGGGCUCUCGUGCCUCGUCUGGCAUCCUCCAUCGGCAAAGGAGGUGCCUAUACCGCCUUCACGACCGCGGAUAGCAAUGUGCCCACUCCGAUCAUCACCAAGAGCCAGCUGGGUCUGUUGAGGAAUGCAAAAGACGGCAAGUCGCAGUGUAGCAUCCUCGACUUCGACCCUCUUGAGUUAGCCCGUCAGUUCACCAUUAUCGAAUCGAAGCUCUUCUGCGCCAUACAGCCCGAGGAACUUCUAGCGUCCGAGUGGACGAAGAAGAAUGGCUCCAAGGCCGUCAACGUCCGGGCCAUGUCAACGCUGUCCACCGACCUUACCAACCUCGUUACCGACACCAUCUUGAGCCUCGAGGACCCGAAGAAGAGAGCCGUCACGAUCAAGCAGUGGGUCAAGGUUGCACAAAAGUGCUUGGAGCUGAACAACUACGAUUCCCUCAUGGCCAUCAUCUGCUCGCUCAACUCUUCCAUGGUGUUGCGCCUUGCAAAAACGUGGGAGUUGGUCUCGGCGAAGACCAAGGGCCGGCUUGAUGAGCUGAAGACCAUCACGGACGUCGGCCGGAAUUAUGCCGUGCUGCGUCAGCGGCUCCAGAACCACAUGGCGCCCUGUAUCCCAUUUGUUGGCAUCUACCUGACCGAUCUUACAUUUGUCGACGUCGGCAACGGUUCGACCCGUCAACUCCCCAGCGAGAAUGGGCGCGAGGGUGCUUCGGUCAUCAAUUUCGACAAACACAUGAAGACGGCUAAGAUUAUCGGACAGCUCCAGUCUUUCCAGGUGCCAUACCGACUGGCAGCGGUUCCCGAGAUGCAGGACUGGAUGGACGCUCAGAUUCAGCGUGUACGUGCGAGCGACCAUGCCAACGUGCAGAGCUAUUAUCGCCGGUCCCUCUUUCUCGAGCCUCGAGAGAAUUCUGGUGUUGCAAAAGCGACGGCCCCAACGGCAGAAGGCACCAGCGGCCUUUCUGGAUCCAACCGAAACAGUUCGAAAGAGCGAUUCGACUUUCUCAACUUCACCUUUGUCCCAGCAAACGCUUCCAAGGAUCGAUGA